AUGAUCGGCAAGUAUCGUCCAAUUUGCUUACUGUCUGUUAUCUACAAGCUCUUCACAAGAGUUAUCCUAAACAGGAUAGAAAGACCAUUAGAUGAAGGACAGCCAUGCAAGCAAGCACGGUUCCGAAAAGGACUCAGCACGAUUGGGUACAUCCACACUGUUCCGAAACUCAUCGAGGUAUCACGAGAGCAUAAGAUGUCGCUCUGUCUCACCUUCAUCGACUUAAAGAAGGCCUUUGACUCAAUUGAGACGAAAGCGCUCGUGAAAGCAUUGGACAACCAAGCCGUCUACUCAGUACAUAAAGUUACUUCGAGAGUUGCACAGUAA